AUUUACUAAAAAAUGGAAGAACAUAAAAAUAUAUUUUGUAAAUAUAUGAUUUCAGAGAUACCUAAUUUAGCUAUAUAUAUUCCAAAUUUUAUUACACAAGAGGAAGAAGUUGAAAUAAUGAAAUGUAUAAAUAGUGUUCCUUUACCAAAAUGGACUCAAUUAAGUCAUCGAAGAUUGCAAAAUUGGGGUGGUAUUCCACAUCCAAAAGGUAUGAUAGCAGAAGAUAUACCAAUUUGGCUUCAAAAAUAUAUUGAUAAAGUGUCAUCCUGUAAUAUAUUCGAAAAAAAUAAAUUACCUAAUCAUGUUUUAAUUAAUGAAUAUCUAUCCGGUCAAGGAAUAAUGGCACAUUCGGAUGGUCCAUUAUUUCAUCCUAUUGUAACAACUAUUAGUUGUGGCUCUCACACACUUUUAGAUUUUUAUAAACGAAUUAACAAUAUAGAGCAACAUCAACUUAAGUUUGAGUUCAGCCUUCUAUUGGAACGCCGAAGUUUAUUUAUUCUUCAAGAAGAAUUAUAUCAUAAUUAUUUGCAUUCAAUUGCAGAAAGAGACACAGAUGUUAUUUCAAAAUCUGUGAUAAAAAAUUUGGAUGUAUGUGGAGAAAAAUUUCUUGGUGGAGAAACAUUAAAACGUGGAAUUAGAUUAUCUUUAACUAUUAGACAUGUUCCAAAAACCAGUAAAUUAAAAUUAAAAAUUGGAUAACAAGGUAAUAUAUGUAAUUUCUUGUAUUGUUUAAUAUUUUGUUAUGUUAAAAAUAUUUUAUUAUUAAAUAUUUCUUAUAUUUAAUAUUAAAGUAAAAUUAUAUGAUAUAGAUGCAAAAUAAAUACGAAAAUAUAAAUUUUGGUAUAUUAAAGCAUUUAUAAAAUUUAGAAAUACUUUUUUUAUAAAAUAAUUUUAUUUAAGAUCUUCAGUCUUUGAAGAUGUAUCUGCAUCUUCAUAAUUUUCUAAACUUACAUCCAUUAUUUCUUCAUCACAUUCAUCUAACAUUCCUUGCAAAGAAUGUAUAGAAGAUAUUAAAACAUGAAAUUGUUUUCGUCUCA